GAUUGGCCGCCGGCGUCACGUGCGCGCCGGUUCUCGGCGGCGGCGGCGGCGGCGGGGAAAGUUCCCGGCGGGACGCGGCGGGCGCAGGCCUUGCGUGUCCCGUCCACCUGCUGGGUCACAUCAGCGGCUAAAAAUACCCGGCGGCGGCAGCUGGUGUCCGGGGGUGCAGCCGGGGCACCGGGACGGCUUCGCUGAAAGCCUGAAAGCUCCGGGACUGUGGCUGUCCCGGCGCUGGGAGCUGGGUCGCGUCCCGCUGUCCGUGUGUCCGCCCGUCUGUCCCCUCGCAGGUUGUCCCUAUGGCGGAGAAAUUGGAUCCCCGAGAUGACGAGAGCAGCUGGGUGCUGGCGGGCAGUGAGGGUCUGCCCAUUGACACGGUGGGUCCAGAGCAGGACUCAGCCUCCCACGGGUCUGACGAUGAGGAGCCAGAGGAGGAGGAUGAAGGCACCCAGGACACAGUCACAGCAGUGACUGCCAAUGGUGCCACUUCCUUCCCCAGGCAGACCGUGUGCCCUGAGGGCAGCGGGCAGGGGGACCCAGAGAAAUGCGAGGAGUCCAAGGCAGGGGCAGAGCCUGCCCUGGAUGGCUCUGCAGAGCCCAGCGUGCUGGAGGGCGAUGAGCAGGAGGAGCUGAGUGCUGAGGCUGAGCCACAACCCUGCCCUGACACCCCCCAGGCAGGGCCAACACCGGAGGACGUGUCCUGCUCCAGCAGUGACAAUAACACGGAGGGGCUGCGGUGGCGGCCGGGCCACAAGCCCCGUCCUGAGCCCCCCACUGUCACGCCUGCCCCACGCCGGGGGACACCGGACACUGGCGAUGAUGGGCUCAGCAUGAGCACGUACCUGCUGGGUGCCUUGGCCUUGGUGGUUGUGGGGCUGCUGGUCGUCACGGGCGGUGUCUACGACGUGGCAGAUGGCCCCGUGGAGAGUGUGGGGAGCUGGGAGCAGGAGUCACUGCUGUCCACAGACAGCAAUGACUCCCAGCAGAAGCCCCCUCUGCCAGACGAUGGGGGCCCGCAGAGCAUGGAGUCCAUGAGCCAGCUCCUGGACAAGCUGGCCAAAGAGAACCAGGAGAUCCGGCUCAUGCAGGCAGAGCUACAGGCCCACAAGGAAGAUCUGCAGGCGCUGCUGCACAAGAGCGAGGGCGCGGCGGCGGCGGCCGGGGCGCAGCAGCAGAGCCUGGCCGCGGAGAACGCGCGGCUGCGCGCGGCGCUGGAGCGGGAGGUGACGGCGCUGCGGGAGGCCCAGGCUGAGCUGCGGCGCCUGCAGGCCACGGGGACCCCCGGCAGCCCCCGGGAGCCGCGGGCAGAGCAGGCACGUGCCACAGAGCAGGCACGAGCCGCGGGGGUGCCCGGGCACGGCAAGGCCGCGGCGCGGCGGCGCGGCAGCCUGGAUUCGCUGCGGCAGGAGCUGGCGGACACCCUGGACCGUGCGCGCGGCUCUGGGGAUCUCAAGGGGCUCGUGGAGGAGCUGAGCGCCCUGGAGCAGCACCUGGCCCAGGUGCUGGAGGCAGACAGGUCAGGGUCCUUCUCCACGCCCUGGAAGAAGCCGUCCAAGGUGGAGAAGGAGAGCAAGUGGCACAAGCAGCACGGCGCCAGGGGGUCCCCCCACGAGCAGGAGAGGAGAGAGCACGGCAAACCCCACAAGAAGGAUCCCCGAGCCCCCCGUGAACACAAGCCAGGCAAAACCUGGGGCAAGCCAGGCUCAGCCUCCCACAGCCACUCCCGUGAGCUGCCCUGGCUCAAGCGGUACCGGGCACCACAGGGCUGCUCUGGGGUGACCGACUGCGCCCACAAGGAGGGCCAGGAAGUGCUUGGGGUUGCACUGGAGCCGGUGCAGAAGGUGCAGUUCCUGCAGCUGCUGGAGAGCUUCAUGGGGCAGCUGGGCUUGGGGAGACAGUUUGGGAAGCUGGCGCCGCAGCUCGAUGGGGCCUUUAGGGCUGACGGUGUCUUUGCCCACGACCGGCUGCGGUUUGUGGAUUUUGUGGAUGACGUGGAGGAUCUGCUGGAGGACGUGGCGUGGCAGGAGCGGGGCGACAAGGAGGCGGCUGACGGCUUCGAGGAGUACAUGCUGCGGCACUACAGCGGCAGCACCUCCGGGAACGUGUGGAGCCAGAGAGCCCCAAGGCAGCAUGGCACACGUGGGUAGAGCCAGGGGGGCAGUAGUGUGCCAGCACCCCCAUACAAGGGCUCCCCACGUGCUGUUUAUGGGGUCUGGGGUGACCAGCACACCCUGUAGGGCCAAGUAGGGCCACAUCCCUAACCAAAUGCACUGUGUGACGCUGCACUGCCACCACGAAUAAAGACACCGCUGGGCA